AUGGAUGAAACGAAUGACAAUGGGCGACGGCUUCCAGCUUGUGAAAGGUGUCGAAUCAGGAAGACAAAGUGUGAUUCACAGCUCCCAUCGUGCUCCAACUGCGUGAAGGCUAAGGUGGAAUGUAUGAACAAAGAUAAAGUUUUGGGCAAAGCUGUCACAAGAGGUUAUGUUUGGUCUUUAGAAGAGCAUAUUCGGGCCUUUCGAGGUGAGCAAGAUCAUUUUGAACAUCAUUCAGAAGCGACACAGCAUGCACGCAAACGACCUAGGUUGUCAAGUAAUCAAAAUGAUUUGAAAGAUCAAUUUGCAUUACCAAUAUCCAGCGAAUCUCCUUCAUUAGCUCAACAGUCUUCAUGUCUGACAAGUUCUGAAGGUAGACUCUCACCACCUUCUUUGCGUGAAGAUAAUGAGGACUCUGUCCGAGACACAAUGGAUAAAUUGUUCACAACAACUUUUGAGGAAGGAAAUUACACAUGCGUAAGUGAUAAUCUUGACCGUCAAAUCCGCCAAUAUUCAAAUCCUUCUUCUAGACGAAGUGCAAGGGAAAUAAAUAUUGAGAAGGAGAACAUGGCUAAUGCUAGGCUUGGGCAGGAUUUCUUAAAGCAGGGCCGUCGGAACAAUUUAAGAAAUAGAGUUACAGAUAUUACAGCUUAUGAUUAUGAUUUAGUCACUCGAUUGGCAAAAAGAUAUUUCAAAUGGAUGAAUAGUGCCCAUCCGGUACUACAUGAAUGUAUGUUUCAUCUUCAACUAGAGAGAUACCGGAGGAACCCCAAAGAAGCUGCUUUAGUAGACCGUUUUCAGGUAAAUAUGGUCAUAGCCAUUGCACUUGCUUCAAUUAGGCGACCCCAUCUGUCUAUUUCAGAGAUUGGACGAAUAGCACAUGAUUUCUGGAAAUCAGCGACAGAGCUUCGAGUCCGAGUGCUAUUUGGUUAUGGAAUUGAAAAACUUCAAAACAUUUUACUAUUAUUACAGUAUACUUUAUUGGUUCCUAAGGCAGGAAAUUUGUGGCAACUUGCCGGAUUGGCUAUAAGGUUUGCAACUGAAAUGGGGCUCUAUGCUGAGCCAAAUCCCUCACAAGAUUUUGAUCCCCUUAGUUUGGACCUUCGUCGACGUAUAUUCUGGACGUGUUACUGCAUUGACCGAAUUCUCUCAACCGUGAUGGGAAGGCCUAUUGGAAUUCCUGAUUCUUGGAUAUCUGCUAAAUGUCCAGCAUUGGUUGAAGAUAGGCUAGUUACCGUUCAUGGAAUACUUUCGGGUCCUCAAUGCUACCUUAAAGUCGCUCAAAUUCAACAAAUUCGUAUAUACCGACUACAAUCAGAAAUUCAUCAAUACUUAUAUGCGCCCUCAAAUCUGAAAAAGUUACCACAAGAAGAUAUCACUACUUGGAGUUGGCAGAUGUAUGACCAACUUAGACUUUGGCGUAGUAGUUUUUGUCUUCCCACGCCAUUAAUAACGAAGGAGUGGACAGAGUUAGAAUUUCAUAUCGCCGUUGUUUUACUUUUCCGCCCAUCUCCUAAUCGCACAAAACUAUCUAAUGAAGCACUACAUGUUGCGUUCCACUCUGCCGGUGAGGUAAUGAAACUAGUGAAAACUAUGCAUAGAGAAUUAUCUGCAGUUUUCUCAUGGCUUACUGUACAAAACCUCUUUAUGUGUGGGUUAACGUUUGUUAAUUCAUUGAAAGAGCUUGUUGAGAGACGAAACUCGCAUCAAUUAUGUAUAUCGUUUGUUGAGAUUUUUCUACAAAUUCAAUCUUGCACUGCAAUGCUUGAAACCUUAUCUGCUUUAGAGGCAGGAGCUAAUGAGCGAAUAAGAAAUGCCUUUGAAAUGAUCUCGUCAAAUGUUCUUAAAUAUAUUACUAGUAUCGCACCUUCUUUACCACAAUACGAUAGUCAUGAAAGAUGCAUCUGGAGCCAAAUUGCAAAAUUAGAUAAUCUUUCCAUAUCAAGACCAACACAAAUUCAAAAUGCUUCAAUUCCAGUUCAGGAAUAUUCAACCGUUCUACAAGAAACUGAUAUUCAAGGCCAGGAAAGCUGUUGUAAUGGCUAUUACAAUAAGCAUUACUCUGAACAUGACAUUGAUGCGUCCACGAGUAACCAUAUGCUUGAUAUUCCGAUCGAUACGGACGCGUAUACUGUGAAGGGAGGCCGCCCAUCUAAUAAUUUAGUUACUUCAGAUCAAACAUUUAAUGUAUCGAAUGAUAAAAAUCAGGCCCCUCAUAUUCUGGACUAUCAGUUAAAUCAAGAAACUUCAGGUUUCAGUAAUUCUACGCGGUCCCUCGCCACAUUUGAAGACCCAGCUAUGGAUGGGUUGGCUGUAAUUUCCAAUGUUGCUGCUGAAGCCGAACCAUUUCGUGAUUUGGACACAGUACCUGAUUGGUCUGAAUCUAAUUUGGACGCCGAAUUAGAGCGUUGGUUCCUUUAUCCUUUACUGGAGGCAAAUGAGCAAUUUUUUCCAGUCAAGAUGUUUGGACACUGA